AAACAUACACGGAGCCAACAAAAUCAAAGGCUGCCACUUUCCAGAGAAAAGAGUGCGAUCCACAAAACUGAAGCCCAAUCUUCCGCGAUAAUGGCGGCCACGAGGGUGAUAACAGUCGCCAGUCAGACGACGUCGUGUCUUCUGGCGAAGCGGCAGUGCCUUCUUCCGACGGGGAAGAUCGGCGGUUUUGGGGGUCUCUGCUUCAGCCGGAGAAGCUUGGUGUUGAAAUCGAAGAGACCCUUCUCUUGCAACGCGAUACACAAUCCUCAGGUUCAGAUUAAGGAUGAAGGUCAGCCCGAUACCCUAGAUUACCGGGUUUUCUUCCUCGAUGGCUCCGGCAAGAAGGUUUCUCCAUGGCAUGACAUACCACUGCACUUGGGGGAUGGUGUUUUCAACUUCAUAGUGGAAAUUCCUAAAGAGACAAGUGCAAAGAUGGAGGUUGCUACUGAUGAGCCUUCCACUCCUAUUAAGCAAGACACCAAGAAGGGAAAGCUCAGAUAUUAUCCGUACAACAUAAACUGGAACUAUGGGUUGCUUCCACAGACAUGGGAAGACCCAUCUCAUGCAAACUCUGAAGUUGAAGGUGCCCUAGGGGAUAAUGAUCCAGUUGAUGUUGUUGAGAUUGGUGAAACCCAGAGGAAGAUAGGCGAGGUUCUAAAGGUCAAGCCUUUGGCCGCUUUAGCCAUGAUUGACGAGGGGGAACUGGACUGGAAGAUCGUUGCUAUUUCUUUGGAUGACCCAAAAGCUCAUCUUGUGAAUGAUAUUGAUGAUGUUGAGAAGCAUUUCCCUGGUACUCUUACAGCCAUUAGAGACUGGUUCAGAGACUACAAGAUCCCAGACGGAAAGCCUGCAAACAAGUUUGGUCUUGGAAACAAACCGGCGAACAAAGAUUAUGCUUUGAAGGUGAUCCAUGAAACAAACGAAUCAUGGGCUAAACUUGUCAAGAGAUCAGUUCCUGCUGGCGACCUUUCCCUCAUCUGAACAUUGUGUGUAUCUUUUCGCAGUUUCCAAUUAUGAGCUUGAAUAACGGACAGACGUUUGCCCUUUGCGGUAGCCUACUGUGAUACUGCAUUCUUGCUUUUUGAUGAAAUCGGAUCAUCAAGAUUCCUUUUCCCA